AUGGCUUCCUCAUCAGGUGUUCGCGAGUUUCCUACUAUUAAAGCGAUCCGGUCUUACGUGAUUAGCGGAGUCGGCGCAGGCGGUGACUAUCACAAUGUUAAGGGCGGCCAUUGGCUCAUAGACACUCCCAUCUCCACUCCGUGUUCAAGAUGGGAAGAAUAUCGCAAGUCGAGGACGAGCUGGGGCAUCAACGUCCUCGGUUCGUUCUUCAUCGAAGUCGAGGCCUCUGAUGGCACCGUUGGCAUUGCCACCGGCUUCGGUGGCCCCCCAGCCUGUUGGCUCAUCCACCAGCACUUCGAACGCUUCCUUAUCGGCGCCGACCCGCGGAACACCAACCAUCUCUUUGAGCAAAUGUAUAGAGCCUCCAUGUUCUACGGUCGCAAGGGUCUUCCAGUGGCGGCAAUCUCGGCAAUCGAUCUUGCGCUUUGGGAUCUGCUUGGUAAACUUCGCAACGAACCCGUCUACAAGCUUAUCGGCGGCGCGACGAAAGAGCGACUCGAUUUCUAUUGCACAGGACCCGAGCCCGUGGCCGCUAGAGAGAUGGGCUUCUGGGGUGCGAAGCUUCCCCUACCUUAUUGCCCUGACGAGGGCCACGUCGGGCUCAAGAAGAACGUCGAGUUCCUCCGCAAGCAUCGCGAGAGCGUGGGACCUGACUUUCCACUUAUGGUUGACUGUUACAUGAGUCUCAACGUUCCUUAUACCAUCGAGAUUGUCAAGGCAUGUCUCGACCUCAACAUCCACUGGUGGGAGGAGUGUCUUUCCCCCGAUGACACCGACGGCUUCGAGCAGCUUAAGCGUGCCCAUCCAACUAUGAAGUUCACCACUGGUGAGCACGAGUACUCGCGAUUCGGUUUCCGCAAGCUCGUCGAGGGCCGUAAUCUCGAUAUCAUCCAGCCCGACGUCAUGUGGCUUGGUGGUCUCACCGAACUUCUCAAGGUCUCUGCCAUGGCCGCCGCCUAUGAUAUCCCCGUCGUACCCCACGCUAGUGGGCCGUACAGCUACCAUUUCGUCAUGUCGCAGCCCAACACGCCUUUCCAGGAGUACCUGGCCAACUCGCCGGAUGGCAAGAGCGUACUGCCCGUCUUUGGCGACCUAUUCCUUGACGAGCCCAUCCCUACGAAGGGAUACUUGACCACGGCUGACCUUGAUAAGCCUGGAUUCGGACUUACUCUGAACCCAGCGGCGAGAGCAAAGCUCAUACCUGCUGACUACCUCCUGUCGCCUCCUCCGGCCAGAAUACUCAGCCCGCCUACCCCCGAAUCUGAGCCAGAGCCGGAGCAAGAUCAAGACCAGAAACUUCAGCAGGAGAAACUGCAGCAGAAUGGAACGGCUGUCCAAGAUGGCAUAAUCAGCGAGUUGGCGGCGAAGGUCGAAGCGUUGGUGACAGAUGGUACGAAUGGUACGAAUGGUACGAAUGGUACGAAUGGUACGGCCUAA